CUCUCUUUCUCUCUCUAUGUUCUCUCCUUCAUUUCCGUCUCUUUCAUGGUUUUCUAUCUGUUCAUUUCAGACGCCAUUGACAUCCGUGUUUCAAAGCUUGCUCGGAGCACAUGGACGUUCCACUAGCCGAUUACCUGACAUACUUCAUGGCAGUGUGGGCGUGUCAUCAAGUAGAAAGUCAGUAUGUCUGUUUAGAACCUUUUGCACUGGCCAAGAUUUGUCAGCAAAGAAGUGUGUGCCCUGCAAUGCAAAGGAUUUGCGACCCAUGACUGAAGAAGCAGCAAAAGACCUGAUUACACGGGUGGAUGGAUGGAACCUUAUAAUUGAUGAUGGUCCAAUGAAACUGUCUCGGUCAUGGAAGGUGAAGAGUUUCACUAAAGGAUUGGAAUUAUUCAAGCUUGUAGCUGAUGUUGCAGAAGCUGAAGAUCAUCAUCCAGAUCUUCACCUCGUUGGAUGGAACAACGUCACUAUUGAGAUCUGGACACAUUCAGUUGGUGGAUUGACUGAGAAUGACUUCAUACUUGCUGCCAAGAUCAAUGCAGUUGACUUGCACCACCUGCUGAGGAAGAAAGUUGCGAAGGUGAACCCAUAGAGUUCUGUGAACGUGUUGUCUGGCAAUGAGAUUGUUUAGUCUUGUUGUUUUUCUAUAAGCGGGCAUCUUGGGAGCUUCCUGUGUAGUUAAUUUUUUUUUUUUUUCCAUUCAUCUGCUUGUAUCAAAAGAUUAUCGAUAUUUUCUUUGACGUUUUUUGGUUUAGAUUUCUA